AUGUUCCUUUGGUUGUUUUUCCUGGGGCAAAUAUUGACAGUGCCAGCCCCAAGUAAAUCUAUGGAAUUGUCUGACAUUUUGGGCGAAGGAGAACUAUUUAAAAACAGCGAGCAGUUAUUAAAAUUCAUUAUUCCUGGAUCAGUUUCUUCAAAAUCCACAGGCCAAGUAAAACUACAGCUGACAGAUUUGGUCAAUCGGGAGGAUGAAAAUUUUAAAGUAUUUUAUGGCCACCUAGAUGCCGGCCAUGCUAUAAAAGGAUUGACCUUUAAUAUCUACGAUGAUAGUAUGAGAGAAGCCACCAUUGCUUUGUUCCGUGUAUUCCAAUAUGCUGAUAACGAUAAACUACUCUUGAUUCGUGAUUGGGCCAGAGAUAAUGUUAACAAGGACAUGUUCGACUAUGCCUGGCGUCUAGCUUCAUUAUACAGAAUUGAUGCUUCAUCAAAAGAAAAUGACCCACCAUUUGUUGCGAAACCAAAUUACUACAUCAACAGCGACGCUAUCAUAAAGGCACUACAAUUUAAGAACGAAAACUCCAUGACAGAAACGCAAGCAGCCAAAGUAAAUCAAAUUUAUUCAGGUGACAAUUUCGUUGUUAUAAACACCAACUAUUCAAGUUGGAAUAUGGUAACUGAAGGUUGCGAGGAGAACCUGGAUUAUUUCAGAGAAGACAUAGCACUGAAUAGCUACUACUAUGGGGUUCACCUCCAAUAUCCAUUUUGGAUGACCAACGACGAGCUGUCUGGUAUUGACGCAAGAUACGCAGAACGGGAUUAUUUUAUCCACCGGCAGCUUCUGGCACGGUAUCAUCUGGAGAAACAACAUUACCGAGUACGGAAUGUUUCGAGUGAAUCCAACUGCUUUAGAGAUUUCAACCCCUACUUACUUCACGACAAUGGUCUUUUCUUUCCAACAAGAUCUUCAGUGCUACCACAGUGGAAUGACCAGCAGGCUCGAAUUAAAGCAAUAGACAUCGCUAUCAGGGAAUGCAUUUCAAGAGGGGUUAUUUACAUGGAUAAUGCAACGAAGACAGCACUCACCGAAGAUAAUUAUAUUGAUUUAUUAGCUAAAUUAGUAAGGGCUAAUUUCGAUGGAAUACAAACGGCAAAAGUUGUUAAGUCUCUAUUUGGCUACGGAUCAAAUAGCUACCCGAGUGACAGAUAUAACCCAGCGCCUACAGUACUUCACAAUCCGCAAACUACUUUACGCGAUCCCCUGUAUUGGCAAAUGAUUCAAUCUCUACUAAAAUACUUCACAGAGUAUGCUAACACAUUGCAGCCAUUUGACUUCUCCCAAUACGAGAGUGACGACUUUAACAUAAUUGAAAGUAGUUCCUCGAAGAUAACAACCUAUUUUGACUAUUACCAAAUCAGCUUAAACAAAUUUUUGUACAGCGAGGAUUAUCUAACAAAAAAGCCUCCCAAACUAUUUACAGCUAGGCAAAAACGGCUCAGACACUUGCCAUUUACAUUUAAUAUUACCGUCGAAUCUAAAGUUAAUGAAAACGGUAUCUUUAAGAUAUUUUUGGGACCCGAAUGUGAACCAAAAUACUGUUGGCAAGAACACUCUAAAUUUUUCGAAAUUGAUUCGUUCCUUUACAAAUUUCAAAAGGGUUUAAACAUAAUCAGUUGGAACCCAGAAAUGUCAGGUAAAUUUUCCUAUGAUGAUUAUUACAAUAUGGAACAAUCAUUCUCGAAGAAGAAUAAGUUCGAUCUAUUCAAAUUUCCAGAAAAUUUAUUAAUUCCCAAAGGUUUGGAGGAAGGAUUGAAUAUGACAGUAUUUAGUAUGAUUGUGCCUGUGAAAGAUAUGGCUGGUAACACUAGUGAUAUAGAAUAUGAUACUUUGCCUUUAGGCUUUCCCUUCCACAGACAAGCUAAGAUUAACAAAGAAUCAACUGCUAAAAACUAUGCGUUCAACAAAGUCUCCAUUUAUCAUAAGAAAAGUACAAAUGAUGUGAAUGGUUACUUCUCAGCUCAUUUAAGUUAA